AUCGAUUUGUGUCAAAUUUUGAACCGAUCCGAGUUGGGACAGCAAAAUUUAUUAAUUUAUAUAGAUUAUUAAUUUAUCGAGUAUUAAUUUGUAGAGGUUGUACUGUAUAUGAUUAUUUCGGAAACAUCAAUAAUUUCUUCUUCUACAAAUGUUCGUUUGAAAAGAACAUACAAGAGUUGAAGGGAAUCUUAUUACAGAAUGCCCUAGCUAUGGCUAAUAAUACGUUCGAAGUCCAAAACGACCGAGUGAUCAAGUGCCGGCCAUCUCCAGAGUCUGACGACUCGGAGAAUGUAAGUGUUGGGUCUAAAUUAUUAAACCAAAUGGGUAAAAUAAUCUAUAACUAAUAAAAGGAAGAUAUCCUACUCAAUCAGACUGUCUACGUAGGCAAUUAUAACCAACCAAUCAGAGAGUGUUUUUUUGCCAUGUCAAAUGUGUGUUGCUUACCUUGGGCCUUGACCGUGUUUUAAUAAAUCGUGACUGAUACGAAUGGGCCUCAAGCCCAUCAGACCAUACCAAGGCACAGACGGCGAUCAACCCAUUAUUAGCUCUCCCAUUUGCAUUUCUCGAACCCUAAUAACCCAAAAAAAUUCUUCAUCCGAUUUUGCGAUUCUUCAAUCUUCAUCCCCUCUGACGAUUCUUUAUCCCUUUCCUCUGACUCUUCUUUGUUCCGUUUCACGAUCUAAACAAUCAAUACAUCCUCCACUCCCUUCUAUCUUUACUCUCAUUUAUGGAUUCGUUUUUCUUUUCCCCUUUGGAUUUUGUUUAUAAAGCUCUUAGUCCGCCUUUUCUACUUCGGAUUUUGUUUAUACAACUCCUGAUUCGAGUUUUAUUUCGAUUAAGAUUCUCUGCCAUGAGUUCCAACGGGAAAUCCACCUCCGAGAAACCAAAAGGCGUUGAGAUUGACUCCUCUACCGGAUCGAUCAAUCUCAUUGGAACGCCAUAUGUCUCUUCCAGCCACACUAUUAGCGAACCCCACUCGAAGCAAGGUAAAGGCGAGGCGUCGAUCACUUCCGGUCUGACCAAACUCAGCGGCAAGACCUCUGUUUCUUCCGGUGUCUUGAUCGGCGUACCCAAAUCGAGAAACCCCAAUGGUGAGAACUCUUAGCAUUUACUUAUGAACUUAAAGAGUCCGUUUGAUUACCUUACCAAAUUAGAGGGUCUAAAGCUUUGAGGUUUAAAACUAUAGAGUCUGUUUGAUUGCCUUAACAAAUAGAAAGUCUAAAGCUUUGAUCUUUAAAAGAACGAGAUGAAUAAGAUUAUUUUUUGGUUUAAAACUAUAGAGUCUGUUUGAUUGCCUUAACAAAUAGAAAGUCUAAAGCUUUGAUCUUUAAAAGAACGAAAUGAAUAAGAUUAUUUUUAUGGUAGAUAGUUUUUAUACUACAUAAAAUAUAAAAGUAUAUGAGACUGUGGUUUGGAUUUAGUUUCCUUUUUCUUGAUGGUAACGUGGGUGUUACUAUGCAGGUAUGAAGAAUGGUGUCUCUUCAGGUGUUAGAGGGAAAGCCGUUGUCUCCUCUGGCGGCAAGGGAAAAGCCAUUGUCUCGGCCGAAGUGGUGGCUUUCAGAAGUGUGAAAUACGGAUCUCAUGAUGGCGAGCUGAGGUUUCGGUUGAUCCAUUUUUGGGAAGCUCGGAAUGUUGUGACAAAAGUGCUUAUAGGUCUCGAGAUGCUUCUUAUCGACGAAGAGGAAACUGUCAUCCAGGGUUUCAUCCCAGCUGGGAGGAUAGACACUUAUUUGCCACACAUGAGGGCUGGUGGGAUUUACAGACUCAACACUUUUUACGGGUCUAACAACAAGACUUUGUAUCGUGUUGCGGAGUCAAGUUUCACCGUCACAUUCUCAACGACUUCUGUCCUCUCUGAUCUAGAUGACAGUUUGGUAUGUUUCCCUGAGGAUCGUUUUAGGUUCCAUGGAUAUGAGGAGUUCGAUGCUGCUUGCGACUUGAAAGGAGACCUUUAUGAUUAUAUUGGCCAUAUCAAGCUUGUGAAUGGGCAGGUUCUCGGUGACAAUCUCGUGCUAGAUGAUGCAGAUAUAGCUUCUUCGCGCAGAGUUAUGCUCCAUGUUCAAACACAUGACGGUCCGGUGAUGAAGUUGUACCUAUGGGACAAGGCUGCCUCUGAAUUUUGUGAGAGAUUCAAAGCAUCUGGGGGAACUGCACGUGUUAUUUUAGUCACUACCUUGAACCCAAAGCGUCUUGGAGGUGCUCUGGCUCUAUCUUCCAUGGCGCCAUCACGUGUGUUUUUGGACACUGAUGUCCAAGCAACCCGAGAUUAUCUCAAUUGGUAAUCUUUCAUUUAUUUAUAAAUUGUUAAUCCUUAUUCCAUCAGUGUUUUUUUGAAGUUUGUUCGUUGGCUUCAGGAUGAACACGAAUCUAGAUGUUGCUAACAGAGUUAACGCAGACAUUGUCACUAAAACUGAAACAGUGACCAUAGGCGAGCUAUUUUCUUAUAUGAAGCAGGAAGAUGCGAAGGUUGUUCCGUACUAAUUCGUAACACAUCUAAUAUGAUUAUCUUGGUUGCUUAUUAAAUCGUUUAGCGUUUUGCAGGUUGCUUGGUUUAAGUGCAUAGCA